AUGGUGAUUUUCGACAAACUCAAUGUGCUAAAGAACGAAAAGUACCGGCACAUCUACAACGCUAAGGCCACAAUAUUUAUGGACGACAAACAGUACAUGAGCGUCAAUUUCAAGAGGCAGAGUCUCAAGCUGCACGCACAUGGCUCAUACUUUGUUCUUUAUCUGCUACUACUGAAGGGCCCCCGGGCAGUAGCGCACACGUCGAUCCCUGUGUCCGUCUCACUGGUCACCGCCGACUCGUCAAAGGGCUACCCCCCUCUGACUCGCCCGCCUCCUCGAGCCACCACCACCACCACGAACGGCUCCACCUCGUCGUUCUCUGCCCAGCUACUCACCCACUCUGUGCCUUCCGGAUCUGCUCAACGAAUUCCUGGCAGCUCUGCUCCCCCGACACUCGACUCGCUCUCGCGCUUCUCCGGCUUUUGACUUGCAAGGGCCUGCAAGUCCUCGACCACCAACACGCGCUCCGCAAUCAACGCACCACUUUACUCGCACUCGAGCCACUUGCGCCUCACGG